AUAUAGUGUUGUAUAAGAUGCACGAAUAUUUUUGAGAUUGUUCCAUUUAUCGCCUGGUUCACAACUUAAACAUUAUGGGCGAUGAAUUCGCCGAAUAUAUCUGGCGAUUUCUCGAAGGAGACGCCAAUAAGUUUCUAUAAUUUAAUUGGAGAGUCUCUGCUAUAAUUGUAUCACAUCGCCAUGGGAACUUGCCGCACUUGUAUGCUGUUCAUCACGCUCCACCUCGUGUACAUGGUCUCCGGCCAAGAAGUCGUCAAAAGAGUACCCCAGGGCUUCAUGGGAAUGCGAGGAAAAAAAUACGAUUCUGACUCCUUAGAACAAUUCUACAAGAGAAAACCUCAAUUCUUUGUGGGAGUCAAAGGCAAGAAAAACGUGUUUAAUGUGGACAAUGACGUCUACAAGAGAGCGCCUAUGGGCUUCGUCGGCAUGAGGGGAAAGAAGGAAUAUAUACCUGACCUCUUCUAUCCCGAUAGUUACGAGUACGUGCCGAAAAGAGACGGCUCUCUGAUUGGUCAGAUCGACUACAGUUCUAAUGAGGAGAAUAGGAAAAAUGAAGGGUUGCCAGUUUUGAAUGAGAUUCUAACGGAUUACUUGCAAAAGUUGGAAAAUCCUUCGGCUACUGAUGUGGAUGAAGAUGGCAAUGAGCUAAUAACCAAUGAGGUGGACAAAAGGGCGGCUAAUAUGCGUCAAUUCUAUGGAGUCCGGGGAAAGAAAUCAAUUCAGAACAAACGGCCGUAUGACUUGACCUUCCGGGGCAAAUUCAUAGGCGUCCGGGGCAAGAAGGACCUGAAAAACAGCGGGGCGCAGGAGGCCCGGUUUUUGCUGGGGCCAAGCGGGCCGUGGCCGAAAAGGAAGGCCCAAAUGGGAUUCUUCGGGAUGCGCGGCAAGAAAUGGGCUGAUGAAUCGACCGCCGAGAUGGAAACGCCCAAUUAAGUGUCUUCAUAAAAAUUGAAAUGAAUGCUAUGUCUACAUUCUUAUAAAGAUCUUGACAUACAUAUCCUAUAAAGAUAAAUUAAUUCCUUGCCAAUUUUCGCGUAAGAGGCUUAUUUUAGCGUUGUACCUACCAUCUAGUUAAGCGACCUAGUCAACACCCGUUAAGAAAUUGGUAUAAGGCGUGUACUUAAGUGGCCUAUGUUUUAAUAGAGAUUUUAAAAUUUUGAAUUAACUUAUUACACAAAUUAGAUAGAAGGAACUUCAUUAAAAUAUUUUUUUAGAUCAAUUUAUAAUCGAGCAUCGAGCGGGUCGGGUAGACUUUUUUACUAAUGCUGUUUGAUUAUUCAGGUAUCUAUAUCAACUUUUCUUAGAAAUUGUAACCAUCAAUAAGAACAAAUUCUUGUAAUUUGCACCCACGAUGGAAAUUUAUAUUGAAUUUGCGAAAUAUUUACUUUCAAUAUCAUUUAAUCUCCCUGUUUGAUCUACUUCUGUCUCUGGGAAUAGCUCCCUUUAUGGAUAAGUUUGAAUUUAUUUUCUUUUCUUUUUAGUUUGAUGUGUGCAAUAAAGGUAUAUCAAACAAAUUUAAAAUGAAGACUUAUCAUAUCGUAAGUAGGUAUAUGUUCUUCACAUGUCCAAGUUUUCAAAAGAUUUUAUUUAUUUUAAGUAUAUCUUAUUUUGAUUAGGCGCUAACUACAUUCAGAAAAUAAACGAAAUCUUAUGUAGUUGUAAACGAAAAGGUACCUAAGUGCACGCCUGUCUUAAUUCUAUAUAUAUUUACAAUAAGUUAUACCUACAGACAUAGUAUUAUAUAAAAAGAUUUUUCUAUUUCUACCUAUGUGUAUAAAGUUACUCGGAUCUCAUUGUCAAAGUACUUACAUACGUAAAAGCAUUUUUUUUGCAUAAUAGUCUGUAUAGAAGUGAUCUAUCUUACCAAUACGUACCCUCUUAAAUAAAAUGUACUAGUAAAAAAGACACACUAUCACACUUUCCAUAAGAUAAGUGUUAUAGUGUGUCUUUUUUUUAUAAAGAGGAGGCUUAGGGACCCCCGGUAAUCAUACAGAAGCAUACUGAAGUAUGUUAUGUCACUAUCAUACUUUGCAUUUUACAUUGAGAGACAGAGACAAAACAUAAUUUAGUUACAAAGUACCACGCUUUAUUUAGACUACGAGAUUGUGACAGAACAUAAAAUGCUUUUAAUUAUGUAGCGUUAAGUAGUUAAAAUGUUAGAUAGAUUGGUGAAAAUUUCAAUUAUAGAUAUAUAAAUAUUUUAAUGAAGUUAUUUAUUAGUAUUUUCUAUGUUAUAGUCACAUGUAAUCAGAAUAUAGUUAUAUGGCAUAAGCGUUGUGUUUCGUCUUAUGUUAAUGUAGUGUAGGUACCUACUUCUCGUUGCAUGCACAUUUUGUGAAGGCUGGGACAAAAUGUGACAUGAAACGAUUUACAGAGCUAAUAAAUGCAGUUGCCAAUUCUA